UUCUCAAGUUCCUGCCAAUCCUCAAUGCAUAACAGAUCUCAAGGCUAUUUUUUCAGUAGUUGCCACCCCCAAAACCACGUCUCUUAUGGCUGUCAAUCACCGAGCUUUAUUUUUUGUCGCUGUCAACCACUGAAUUUUGUGUCCAGGACCUGCUAUCCUUUGAGCUAUUUCUCCUAUGGUAAUCAACCUAUAGGUUCUAUAUCCAACAGCUUCAGAUCCCUGAAUUAUGUGUCUCAUAGUUUCCAACCUAUUUCCUUCAUGCACAGCAGUUUCCAACCAGCUUGUUCUGAUUUUGUGGGUUGGCAAUCUCCAUUUCUUAGAAGAACAUGCUGAAUUGUCAUUUCAGUGUCUUGCCCUGACAGCGUUUUAC